ACAAUAUAUCUGUCCACAUAUAAUCACUGAGACAUAGAGGACAUUUCCAGUUGAACGAGCUCUACAUAGAUGCAGAAUUAGGUUUUCCAAGGCCAGAAUGGGAUCUCUUGAAAAUGACAUUAAUCAAGAUUUUCAGGAUGCCAUUGAUGUAAUUCAGCGUCACUCUCAGAUACGACACUGUGACAAUGAAAAUAAAUACUAUGAGAAUUUGGAAAGUCAACAGUCCUCUGUGAGACAUGCCAUCUCAUACUAUCAGUUCACACCUCAUUUUGAGCCUCCAGGACCGAUGUUUGACUGGAAUGAAUCCUCAUCUUGGUCUCACAUUGUGCCAGAUGUGUCUCUGGGGCCAUUGUGUUCUGCUGAGCCUUCAGCAUUUUACACAAAUUUACCACAGCGCCAUGGAAAAGGUCGUAAGAAGUUACGCUUAUAUGAAUAUCUGCAUGAGGCCCUUCACGACGACAACAUGGGAGACUCCAUCCAAUGGACGGACCGAGGGAGCGGUAUCUUCCACUUCAUCUCUAAAAAUAAAGAAAAACUGGCCGAAUGCUGGGGACAGCGCAAGGGCAACCGCAAGACCAUGACCUACCAGAAAAUGGCACGCGCUCUCCGCAACUACAGCCGCACGGGUGAGAUUGUGAAAGUGCGUCGCAAGCUCACCUAUCAGUUUAACCCAGCUAUACUGCAGAGAUUGAGCUCACUGUCAGGCUACAGCUCGGGCCCUUCGUCCAGAGACAUGGCCCUUCAUCAGCAAGGCUCUUCUGAACACGUUUACUACAGCUCUCCUCUACCAGACUGUCAUUACUGGUACGGCCAGUACUCUUACCAGGCCGAGUACGAUCUUGCUACUGUACUGACAAUGCAGGAGGAGCCCAAAAUUAGUGUUUCAGCUCAGUGAUUCUCAAAAGAGCCCAUUCCUGUCAUGCCGCGAAUUCUGAAAUUUCUUUCCUUUACAAGGGAGAUUCUUUCAAAUAAACUUUGACAUCGUAAAAGUUUACAAAAUUAGCUACAGUGCAUUAGAAAUGAGUGGAUGCAUGUAAAUAGGAUGUUAUACUGGUUAAAAAAAAUUUUUUUUAAAGAAAUUAAUACUUCUAUCAGUGAGGAUGCAUUUAAUUGAUCAAAAGUGACAGCAAAGAUUUUCAUUAUUUUACAAAAGAUUUCUAUAUCAAGUAAAUCAUUUUUAAAAGUAUCACUAAAAAGCCUGCUAAAAUACAGCAUUGACAUUGCAGGAAUAAAUUACAACUGAAAAUAUAUUAAAACAGAAAAACAGAAAACAGUUUUACAUUUUAAAUUGAAAUAAUAUUUCACAAUCUUACUUUUUUUUUUUUUGAUCAA